UAUCCAAACAGCCGAGAGCUCAAAUUAUCUAUCUAGGUCGUAAUCCCUACGAGGAAGUCUAAGGAAUGAGCUGCUUUGAGGCUUUAAUCAAAGCAUUGGCUAGCGUGUUGUCCUACUGUCAUGAGAAGUCUCCGGCGUGGAUUUGCCGCGGCGGCAGUUGGAGAUUUUCGGAAGAUAUCCCCCAAGUUGGGUCAGUCCUCCAAUCCCCUUUUUUCGUGGUGUCCACCUGCUCCUCCUCCUUCAACCAAUUUUGUUAAGAGCCUGGGAUCAAACAAUUGGAACUACCUAAGACUAAUAGAAGAUCCCGAGCUGCCCAAGUUGGUAAAACUUUAUGAGCAAGUAUGCCGAUGUAGUCGUAAAGGUCACCUUGGGUCAACCAGUCUUAAAAGAUCUGAGUUGGACAAUCCCCCAAGGAAAUUAUGGGAGAAAAGCACGUUUCACAAAUACACCAAAGGUUCAAAGCGGUCAUUGGAAAAGAAGAACAUUGCAACAAAUGAAUCAAACAGCAGUCAGAAAGAUUCCGGAUCAAAAAACACGGAGUUCAGUUGUAGGCAUCCUAAGAAGCAUAUAAGAUUUGAUAUGAAUAAUCCCCCCAAGAAAUCUAGGCCAAAGAGCAAGAUCCCAAAGCAAACCAAAGAUAAGAAGAACUUGAAAAAACCUAAAACUUUGAGAAGUAGGAAAUCAUUAGGCAAUAAUUUAUUCAAAGAUCUAAAGAAGGAUAAGUUGGGAGACUUCAUCUUUUUUAAAGAGGGUCCUGGCAUACAAUUUACUAAAGACUAUGUAAUUGGCGAUAAUUUUGGGACAGGAGAAGAAGAUUUGUCCGCAAAUGAAGAUGCCUCACCCCAUGACAGUGGGCCUUUAAUGGAAAUGACAUCGACAUGGAGCGGCCCAUCCAACAGUUCCUGGCUGCCAAGGAUAGUUUCCAAAUAUGUCAACCCCGUCGAUCUGUUUCACUUUGCCCCGAUUAAUUUGAAGGCGCACAAAGAUCAUUUUGUAUCCUUGCAUUCCAAGAAACCGAAUGCUUUCAAACGCCGAUGGUCCACAGUUCCUUGGCCACAAUCUUCUGAACUCAGCAAAAGAAGUAUAAGCGGAGUCAAUCUGCAAAGUCCCAUAAAAAAGGAACAUAAUGUUGCCAAAAAAUUGUUGAAAGAAAAGGCAGCUACGUUAUCUAUAAAAGGCUUUAAAUACCAUUCCUUUCGUGUUAAUUUCUGGCCCAAAAAGCGAAGGAGAUCGGGUAAGACUGUAUCCCGUCCAUCAAAAGUUGUUCGAAAUAGGUGUGAAUUGUGUGAUUUUUGUCGACCGUCCAGCCAACCCGAUGAACCAUUUAUGAUCGAGAUGAAGAAGCGCAGGGAUCGUGAAGAGCUGCAGAGAUACUAUCUCAAGAUGGAGGAAAGAAACCAGGAAUCCCGUGCAGCAAAGGAGUACUCUAAACAGAGUUCUAAGCCCCAAGGACAUAGGACAUUUUCUGAUUCCAAGCCUCUAGGACUUAAUGUAAAUUGCAGUUCCAAUCUCAGGAAGAUGCGCCACCAACUGGAGCAAUGUCUGACGAUCCUGAAUCUUUGCAGACUCCUUGUCGAGGUCCGUUUGCGACUUUCAAGAACCCAAACAGAAAGCAAAGGUUGCCGCGGUGGUUUUUGUGCCGGUCCUGAACCAAAUUAGUGCUCAACUGAGUUGGAUCAGGACCCACAAAACGCCUGAAAACAAUGAUUGAUUUCUAUGCUUAAGCCCCAUUCGGUGGGUUUUUAACUACAUGUAUUUUAUCCUUGGACCAGAUCUUUUUCUGAUGAAACUGAAUAAAUAAUAUAUGUUAAUAUA